AUGGCUGCUACUCAUUUUCAUCCACAUCUUAUUCUGGGCUUAAAGACGGGAGUAAAAGGAAAUGCUCAGUAUAUUAAGGGCAAUAAUGUAUUAUAUCCUGUUGGAGGAGUUCUCGCACUACAUAACUUCAAAGAGAAAGAACAAAGCUAUAUUCGAUUGGAAGAGAACGAGAAAGCUUUGACAAUGAUUCAUGUGAGCAUGGACAGAACGAUGGCAGCUAUUGUGUAUCAAACAGACGAACGUUAUAUUUCGGUGUAUGAUUUGACAACAUUGAAGCAAAAAAAAGUAAUCUGUGUUUCUCCUGACAUUCCUGGCAAGGAAAUUGUUGUUGCCUGUUUCACAUUUGAUUUAAAGUUCUUAAUGGUAAUUCUUGGCAAGCCUCAGUGGAUGCUACUGUGUUAUGAGUUACAAACGGGAGAUCUAAAGUCCUCAACACAAGCAAUUAAUGAAGAUGGAACAGGAGAAGUCUAUCAGGCUGCGCCCAACCCCAGCGACAACACAGUAAUUUGCGUUGUCGGUCCCGGCCUGUUCCGUCUCCUUAGCGUGCUGGACAACUCGUGGACGCAGUACGGAUACGCUAUGACCGAAUAUGUCCCAUUCACGUGCGCCUCUUGGGUCACGUUCGACCGUCUCGUCUGUGGGACGAAAGAUGGCAGACUAAUAAUAUUCGAAUCUGGAGAUCUGAAGUAUAUCUAUGACAUGGCGGAAACUAGUCUGAUUGACACGAAAAGUUUCGAGGAGUUGCCACCACUAACGCGUCCCGAAACUGAAACGGAAGAGGACGUUCGAAAUACUGAGAUCCGCGAGAUAGUCUCCGGUGCGAAAGGCUUUGCAUAUAAUUAUGGAGAAUCGGCUGUUCAUUUCUUCGAAAGACUAAGUGCCCAUGCCUACUCAAAAAGGAAUGUCUUCAACAUUCCUUGUCCUGAAAUCGCUGAGAGGGAACCUGGCAUUAACUGCAUUCAGAAUCUGAGUAUGAAUAAUGACGGAGAUUAUCUCGUUGCAACUACCCGCUACUCACAGAUAUAUUCUGCAUUUUUAAUGGGACCCACUAUAGCACAACAACCAGAAAUUGAGUUCGAUCUAUUGGGAGAAAGUUUGCAUCAUGGAGAGAUAAAUGGACUUUCAACAUGUCGAUGGAAACCCAUUUUCAUAACGUGUGGCAAAGCUGAUCGCACCGUUCGAAUUUGGAACUACGAAGAACAGAAACUUACAAUGUCUGUGCAGUAUCAGGAAGAUGUAUACUGUGUUGCCCUGCAUCCAACUGGACUAUAUGCUACUAUUGGAUUUUCUCAUAAGAUCCGAUAUGUAAAAGUGCUUAUUGAUGACCUAGAGUCUAUGAGAGCAUUCCCUAUUAGAAGCUGUGUUGAAUGUGCUUUUAGCUGUAAUGGUCAUUUGUUUGCUGCUGUCAAUGGAAAUAUAAUACAAAUAUAUUCUUGCAUAACAUUUCAGAAUGUUUAUACUCUGAAAGGACAUAAUGGGAAGAUUCGCUCACUUGCUUGGAUUGAGUCAGAUGACAAACUUGUUUCUUGUGGAACUGAAGGUGCUGUUUAUGAAUGGUAUAUUCCUUCAACCCGGAGAGUAGGUGAAACAAUAAUAAAGAGCUGUGUUUUCUCUGGGAUAACAGUCUUUUCAUAUGGAGGUUCUCUGUUUGCUGUUGGAAGUGAUGGAAAACUGAGAGAAAUAAGUGAUUCUGAGGUCAUAAAUGAAGUGGACAUUUGUGAACAACUUGAUUGCAUUACUAUCACACAUGAUAACUCAGUUUUAUUCAUAAGUACUUCAUCUGGCACUAUUUUCUCCUAUCCAUUGCCACUAACUGAGACACCUCAUCCCAGGAAACAGGCAAUUCACAACCACUCAAUUACACGUAUGUGCAUUACUGAGAAUAAUGAGUUACUGAUCACCUGCUCUACAGAUGGAAUGCUCUGCUUGUGGUCAAUUGCUCCAUCCCGUAGAAAGAAAUCAGCUGCAGUGCUAAGUACUUUAUAUUUUGAAUACAUACUUGUGAAUAAAGGACAUCUGGAAGAAUUGACAAACUCUAUUGCAGAAUUAAAUCAGAGAAUUGGGGUACUCGAAAAAGAAUAUGACUAUCAAACACAACAGAAUGAAGCAAAGUUUACUGAAGAAUUGAAGGAGAUAGUCAGUAGUUACCAAGAGUUCAUGGAAAAUAUGAGAGAACAGUCAGAGAGAGUGGCAACAGAUCACGCUCAGGAGCUGAUGAGCUUCAAGGAUGAUAUUGCAAAGAAGAAGUCAUACUACGAAAUAGAAGUACAGAAUUUUGAACUGAAUUUUGAGGCCAAAUUAAUAGAAAAAUAUAACAAAUAUCAGGCCCAAGAAGACAAAAUGGCAAGGACAAAGGCUAGAUAUGAGAAGCAAAUAGGUGACAUAUUGGAAGAGAAGAAACGGGCAAUGUCUGAAAUUCAACAGAAGUAUGAGCUUAAACUUCACAAUAAGGAGAUGCAAAUUGAUGAUCUACUCAAGGAAACUCAGGACCGAGUACAGGAACAUGAAAGCAUUGUAACACAACUAGAAGAUGAAGUCGAUGCAAAUGUUAUUAACAUCAAGGAACAUUUUGAAAAUUUGUUAGAAGAAGAAAAAAUUGCAAGUGCAGAACUACGACGUGAAAUUGUUGGAACAAAAAACAAAUUCAAGAGUGUUGAAAAGGAUGUUGAUGAGUACAGAUGUCAGAUCCAGAAAAUGCAAAAUGAACAAAAAACAUUCAAGGAAAUGAUAGAAUUGUUCGAAAAAGACAUUGUUGAUAUAAAAACUGAAAUUGCUGAAAGAGAUAUUAGUCUUGCAGAGAAGGAAAAACAACUAUACACACUUACUCGGGACAAACAGGAACUAGAAAAAAUUAAUUCUAUUCUAAAUUAUGGAAUUGAAGAGCUGAAGAAUGAGCUUCCUAUAAAGGACAAUGAGAUAAAAUCUAGAAUGGAGCAAAUAAGACAAAUGAGGAACAGGCAAGUACAGGCAGGAAGGAAUAGGUGCAACUACUCGGAUAUACUGGGAAUAGUCUUUGGAAGGAUAGUGCAGAAGGACAAAUAUGGAUGCAAGUUCAGGUGUAUUGCCAGGAGGAGGAAAGUGCGGUGCUGUUGUCUGGCUGAGGUUGAGCCUGGAGAAGUAUCAGGAAUGGUGGCUGAGAUCAGCUGGAGUCAUGAUGAUGAUGAUGAUGAUGAUGAUGAUGGUCAAGUAUUCUGGUGCUGUGCCAGAAGCAGGAAGCUGCAGCAGAUGUGUGAGGAAAUGAUUGACCCUGGAGGCUGUCUGUGA